UUCCUCCUCUUUAAACUACUACAGCUAAUUUGUAGCCGAGGAUCGUGGCCAAAACUGCGUAGCAAAUAGUAUUUUCGAGUUUCAAUGGGCAACAACGUCUCUCACCGUCUAUCCAGCGCCACCACUGGGAAAGUCAUCCUGUCGGACGGCUCCGUUCACGAGUACGACAAGCCACUAAUAGCCGCCGAGCUAAUGCUAGAGCACCCACAACAGGUGGUGGUGGAAUUCGACUCCGCCGUGAACAGGGCCGGAAAAAGGCUGGCUCCGUUGCCGGCCGACAUGAAGCUCGAGAUGGGCAGGGUUUACCUCAUGGUUCCCAGGAAGCGAGGCAAGCCCGUGGCAUUGUCGCCGGAAGAAGCUCGGCGGCUGCUUUUGAUGUCAAGCUCGGUUUUGAAUGCUGGGUCUUUUCUAUCGGCGACCACGGGUGUUGUUCCCUUCUUUGCUCGGAUUUGCGGUGCAGGGACAAGAGAGGGGCAUAGGAUUGUUCUUCCUAGGGAAGAAAAGAUGAAGGAGAGGGAAGAAGAGGGGAGUAAACUGGAGAGUUUGCCGGAACUCAUGGAGGGAAGACCGGAGUAUUUAAGCAGGCAGUUAUCCGGGAAAGGGUGGAAGCCAAGCUUGGAUACCAUCAAGGAGAAGGAUGUUAAAACAAAGGUUUCUCCCUGGUUGUUCUUCAAUGUUACCAGGCCAUGAUGAAGCUGAGCCCAUUGUUGUAGUCUUGUAGAUAGAGGUAAUUAAGGUCGGAUACCUACAAGAACGUGGUUGGUUUUCUUUUUUUAGUAAGAGCUUUAGUCACUACUCUUUAAAUGUACAAUAUUGUAAAUUUAUGGGUAUACUCAGCCGUCCACGAACAUUGCACAUCAGGUUUAGGGUAAGUAUGUACUAGCAUAAAAUUUGUUGGGUUUGAUUUCAUUUGCAAAGACUCCACCCCGCCAAAAAGAUAUGUUGGCGUAGAAGAGUCAUGCAUGAGUGUGGACAGUGAUAUGCAUUUGCACUUUAUGCCCUGUGGAAUGGGUCUUAAACAAUAGUUGGUAGAAGUAUGAGCGUGUGUGUGUAUACAUGCAAACUUGCAAAGUCAUUCUAGACUGAGAGACGACUGAGUCUAUUCAUUCAUCACUACGGAAACGAAAGUUGCCAGGGAAUUAAUUAAGCUAGAAGAAAGGAUAGGUGACGCUCUGAGACUUGAUCAAUAUGCCUUUUAGUUGCUUGGAAGUUAAUCCCAAGUUGUGUGGCAGGCCAUAUUGUGACGGUUGACUCUAUCAAGUGUUUGGUAUGGAAUUCUGUUGUAAUUUGGGCAUCAGCUUUGAUGAUAGAAGCAUAUUCAAAGACAACUUCAAGAAUAACAAACCCAUAAACCCAUACCAAUAUAUAUGGGCCUGUUGGAGAUGGCCAGCCCACAUUUGCUUUCCUGCUUUUGUCACCAUGGGCCAUGGCGAUCGACCUCGUCUUAUUUAAUAAAUGAAGUCCAUUGAAGAUAUAACAAAC